UUAAAAAGUUUGAACUCAGAUUUCCACCAGUUUACAGGAAGAACCCAUCAGCUCAUUGCGCGUAAAAGAGUUGGCUCCAGCGGAUUUUUCUUCCCCUAUGUAUGUAUCCACAUUGCUGCGUUAUCGGUUCAUCUCUCCAUUAUACGGCGCAUCAUUUGGAUAGCGGGGGUGGAGCGAGCAGCAGCCUGUCCCGGUAAGGGGAGGAGAGAACGGGGAGCAGAGGCGGUUCUUUCCUCGGCUCUUCGCUUUUUCGGCGCCGGAGAGUGUUGGGACCAGGGCUGGAGAAGACUGCCGGGGAGCAUCAGCAAAAAGAUCCAGUCCUGUGCACGGAGCCUCGCCUGGCCGAACGCGGCGCCGUGCGCUUUUCUUGGGGGGGACUGCACAACAUUCCUGUGAAAUAUAACUGCUAUUAAUGGCAUGUGGCUUGUAACUUUACUCCUGCUGUAUUCUUUGCAAGAAGCCAACAGUGAGGAUGUUGUCUCUACUCGGCUGUACUUUGUGAACGCCUCCCUGCAGCGAGUGACCUUCUCCAGCUCAGUGGGGGUGUCCCUGCCCUGCCCUGCGGGCGGCGCCCCCCAUGCCGUCCUGCGGUGGUACCUGGCUGCCGGAGACGACAUUUACGACGUGCCCCAUAUACGCCACGUGCAUGCCAACGGCACCCUCCAGCUCUACCCUUUCUCCCCCUCUGCCUAUAACAGCAUCAUCCACGACAACGAGUACUUCUGUACUGCUGAGAAUCAAGCCGGCAAGAUCCGAAGCCCCAGCAUCCACAUUAAAGCAGUGUUCAGGGAGCCGUACACGGUACGUGUGGCCGACCAGCACUCCAUGCGGGGUAAUGUUGCCGUAUUCAAGUGCCUCAUCCCUUCAGCUGUUCAGGAGUACGUCAGCGUGGUGUCCUGGGAGAAAGACACUGUUUCCAUCGUCCCUGGUAAUCGUUUCUUCCUGACCUCAUUUGGCGCUUUAUAUAUCUCAGAAGUGCAGAAGGAAGAUGCAUUGUCCACCUACCGCUGCAUCACAAAGCACAAGUACAGUGGGGAGACCCGCCAGAGCAAUGGAGCCAGGCUCUCUGUAAAGGACCCUAAGGAGUCCCCCCCAUCUGUGCUGGAUAGUUUCCAGUCCGGUGAGAUGCAGGUGGGGCACAGCGUGGAACUGCCCUGCAUCGCCUCCGGAUAUCCAAAUCCCACCAUCCGAUGGUUAAAGGAUGGUCGGCCGUUGCCAGCGGACUCCCGCUGGACACGUCGCAUCACAGGCCUCACUAUCUCAGACUUAAGACUUGAGGACAGCGGCAACUACAUAUGUGAAGUCACAAACAGCUUUGGCUCUAAAGAGGUGACAGGUCACCUCAAUGUUAUAGAACCACUGCGGGUCACUUUGUCUCCAAAGAACCUGAAGACGGGGAUCAGCAGUACAGUAAUCCUCUCCUGUGCUGUCCAGGGUUCCCCCCACUUUACUGUGUCCUGGUAUCGUAACACAGAACCUGUGAUGCCUGAUCAGCACUUUUCCAUCCAGGGAGCGCACAAUGAGACACUCUUUAUCUCUGCUGCACAAAAAAGACACUCUGGGGCUUACCAGUGCUUUGCGUCACGAAAGGUCCAAACUGCUCAGGACUUCUCCAUCAUACUGCUGGAAGAUGGUACACCCCGUAUCGUCGCCUCUUUCAGCGAACGGGUGGUGGUCCCCGGUGAGCCGUUUUCCCUGAUGUGUGCAGCCAAAGGAGCCCCUCCACCUACCAUCACGUGGACGCUGGAUGACGAGCCUGUGGCCCGGGAUCUGUCACGUGUUAGAUCCAGCCAGUACACUCUGUCCGAUGGGAGCACCGUUAGCUUCGUCAACGUCAGCAGCCCGCAGAUUCGUGAUGGAGGAGUGUAUCGGUGCGCCGCACGAAACUCGGCUGGUAGUGCCGAGUACCAAGCGCGCAUAAACGUAAGAGGUCCUCCAAGGAUUAGGCCUAUGAAAAAUAUUACUGCGGUGGCAGGAAGAAACACUUUCAUAAACUGCAGAGUAAUUGGGUAUCCUUAUUACUCGAUUAACUGGUACAAAGAGGGAAUUCUGCUGCCUGACAACCACCGUCAGGUGGUGUUUGAAAAUGGGACACUUAAGCUCAGCGAUGUUCAGAAAGGCAUGGACGAAGGUGCCUAUGUGUGCAGUGUGCUGAUCCAACCACAACUAUUCAUCACACAAACAGUUUAUGUCACCGUCAAAGUACCCCCGCUGAUCCAACCGUUUGACUUUCCCCCAACCUCCAUCGGUAAAUUGAUGUACAUUGCCUGCGUGGUGUCAUCUGGAGACAUGCCCAUACGCAUCACAUGGCGUAAGGAUGGCCAGGAGAUCGUGCCCUCGUCAGGGAUCACCAUUGACACAAAGGAGUUUAUGAGUUCACUACAGAUUUCCAAAGUUUCACUCAAACACAAUGGCAACUACACCUGCAGCGCCAGCAACGACGCUGCUAGCGUGAGCACAGAGAGGCAGCUCACAGUUACAGUGCCUCCACGAUUUGUUGUGCAGCCCAACAACCAGGAUGGGAUCUAUGGCAAGUCAGCGAUCCUGAACUGUUCCGUUGAUGGAUACCCUCCCCCUAAGGUUAUGUGGAAGCAUGCCAGAGGAGCACUAGCUGGGAUUGGAAACCCACAGCAGUACCACCCUGUUCCUCUCACUGGACGGAUUCAGAUCAUGACUAAUGGCUCUCUGCUCAUCAGACAUGUCCUGGAGGAGGAUCGAGGUUUCUACCUCUGUCAGGCCUCCAACGGUGUGGGUUCGGACAUUAGCAAAAGCAUGGUUCUCACAGUUAAGAUCCCAGCAAUGAUCACCAGUCAUCCCAACACUACUAUGGCCAAGAAGGGUCAUGUGAAGGAGCUGAACUGCACCGCCAGAGGAGAAUGGCCCAUCAUCAUCCGCUGGGAAAGAGGUGACACAGUGAUUGACCCAGAUCGCAACCCCCGGUACUCCAUAACCACAAGCCCCAAUGAAAAGACAGACGAGGUGUUGUCUACACUCAAGCUAAAGCCAGCCGAGCGUGAGGAUUCAGUCUUCUUCUCUUGUCAUGCCAUCAACUCUUAUGGAGAAGGACGAGGGCUUAUCCAGCUCACUGUACAAGAGCCUCCAGACCCUCCAGAGCUGGAGGUGCGAGAAGUGAAAGAUCGCAGCAUGAAUCUCAGAUGGACACAAAGAUUCGAUGGAAACAGUGUCAUUACCUCCUACGACAUUGAAUACAAAAACAAGACAGAUACUUGGGAGUUGAAACAUGCAACUCGAAAUAUUUCUCCCACAAACAACCAGGCCAACAUAGUGGACCUUCACCCAGCAUCUGUCUACAGCAUCCGUAUGUUCUCCUACAAUGCAAUAGGCAAGAGUGAGGCCAGUAAAGAGCUAACCAUCAGCACCGAAGAAGCACAGCCUGAUGGUCCUCCGAUGGAUGUAAUCCUUCAACCUGUGACCUCUCAGAGUAUCCGAGUCACAUGGAAGGCUCCAAGAAAGGAGCUACAGAAUGGGGUUAUCCGUGGUUACCAGAUCGGUUACAGGGAGAAUGGCCCCGGCAGUAAUGGCCAGUAUAGCAUUGUUGAGAUGAAAGCCACAGGGGACAGUGAGGUCUACACCCUUGACAACCUGAAGAAGUUUGCUCAGUAUGGUGUGGUUGUCCAGGCCUUCAACAGAGCAGGCACAGGGCCUUCAAGCUCAGAGAUCAAUGCUACAACUCUGGAGGAUGUGCCCAGUCAGCCUCCUCAGAACGUGCGUGCCAUUUCUGUAACAUCUGAUGAGGCAGUGAUCAACUGGGCUGAGCCUCCAAGAAUGACCCUCCAUGGCGUAUUAAAGGGAUAUCGUGUUGUGUUCUGGGCAGUUUUCCCAGAUGGAGAGUGGGGUGAAAUGCAAAAUAUUACAACCACCAAAGAGCAGGUGGAGCUUAAAGGUCUUGAAAAGUUUACCAACUACAGCAUCCAGGUGCUGGCCUUUACCCAGGCCGGGGAUGGUGUACGGAGCAACGUCCUAUAUAUCCAAACCCGCGAAGACUAUCCCGGACCCCCGGCUGGCAUUAAAGCAGUGCCCUCCUCUGCCAGCAGUGUCGUAGUGUCGUGGUUACCCCCGCACAAGCCAAAUGGAAUCAUCCGCAAGUACACAAUCUACUGCUCCAGCCCUGGUUCUGGCCAACCGCUGCCGAGCGAGUAUGAAGCUAAUCCAGAGCUUCUACUUUACCGAAUCACCCACCUGAACCACCGGCAGCAGUACCUGAUCUGGGCUGCUGCUGUCACCACUGCGGGCCGCGGAAACUUCAGUGACAAAGUCACAGUGGAGCCUGCUGCCAAAGCUCCUGCCAAAAUCCUAUCAUUUGGAGGUACAGUAACCACUCCUUGGAUGAAAGAAAUGCGUCUGCCUUGUAGUUCUGUCGGUGAACCAACACCUACGAUAAAAUGGACCAAAGACAGUGAGGACACAGCGAUCCCAGUGUCUCUCGAUGGGCAGCGCCUCAUUCUGGCCAAUGGGACGCUGGUGCUGCGAUCUGUCAAAGCUGAAGACUCUGGUUAUUACACCUGCACAGCCACCAACACGUUGGGCUUCGACACCAUCAUAGUCAACCUUUUGGUGCAAGUCCCCCCAGAUCAGCCUCGUCUAACUGUCUCCACCACCUCCACCUCCUCCAUUACUCUCGCCUGGAUUCCUGGAGACAACGGAGGCAGCUCCAUCAGAGGUUUUGUGCUGCAGUACUCUGUAGAUAACACAGAAGAAUGGAAAGAUGUUUUCAUAAGUUCAACAGAGCGUUCGUUUAAACUGGAGAACCUGCGCUGUGGGACCUGGUAUAAAGUCAAGUUGGCUGCCAAGAACAGCGUUGGAGCUGGACGCAUCAGUGAGAUCAUUGAAGCAAAGACCCAUGGGCGAGAACCUCAGUUCAACAAGGACCAACCUAUCUUCACCUAUGUUAACUCCACCCACGCUCGCAUGAACCUGCAGGGUUGGGCCAGUGGCGGUUGUCCGAUAACGUCUGUGACACUGGAGUUCAGACCAAAAGGUAUGUGGACGUGGCAGAAUGUCCGUACCAACGCCACCACAGAUGUGUUUUUGGCAGAACUGCGUGAAGGCACCUGGUAUGAGUUGAAGAUGAAAGCAUGUAACAGUGCUGGCUGUGGCAACCAGAGUUCUCAGUUUUCAACACCAAACUAUGAUGGCAGCACCAUUCCUCCCAUUAAAUCCCCCUUGGAAAAAAAUGAUGAUGUGAAGAAACUGUUUUCCAUCGGCUGUCCUGUGAUUCUGGUGACCCUUGGUGUUGCACUGCUGUUUGUUGCCAUUCGCAAGAAACGCAAAGAGAAGAGGCUGAAGAGACUACGAGAUGCUAAAAGCCUGGCAGAGAUGCUCAUCAGUAAAAACAACCGCAGCUUUGACACACCAGUGAAAGGACCUCCUCAGGGCCCACGGCUACACAUUGACAUCCCCAGAGUGCAGCUGCUAAUUGAGGACAAAGAAGGCAUCAAGCAAAUCGGAGAAGACAAGGCUACCAUUCCUGUGACAGACACAGAGUUCAACCAAACUGGAAAUCCUCAGAGCUUCUGCACUGGUGUAUCUGUCCAUCACCCUGCCCUCAUCCAAAACACAGACCCAGUGUCAAGGAAGAGUGUUAAGUCAGCCCACAGCAUCAGGAACCGCUACUCCAGUCAGUGGACUCUGACCAAGUGUCAGGCUUCUACGCCAGCCCGCACUCUCACUUCAGACUGGCGCACAGUUGGUUCUCAGCAUGGCAUCACUGUCACAGAGAGCGACAGCUAUAGUGCCAGCCUCUCACAGGACACAGAUAAGGGCCGCAACAGCAUGGUAUCCACGGAGAGCGCCUCCUCCACCUACGAGGAAUUGGCAAGAGCCUACGAGCAUGCAAAACUGGAGGAACACCUGCAACAUGCCAAAUUUGAGAUUACAGAGUGCUUUAUAUCUGACAGCUCAUCUGAUCAGAUGACUACAGGUACCAAUGACAAUGCGGACAGUAUGACGUCUAUGAGCACACCAUCAGAGCCCGGUAUCUGCCGUUUCACUGCCUCACCGCCCAAACCCCAAGACUAUGAUCGUGGCAAGAAUGUAGCUGUGCCCAUUCCACACCGCGCCAAGAGUGACUACUGCAACCUUCCCCUCUACAUGAAGUCAGAUCCCUUUUUCCGAAAGCAGUCAGAACAUCAUGACCCGUGUCCAGUGGUUCCACCACGCGAAGCCUCUAUUCGUGGCUUGGCCCAACGGGCAUACCACAGCCAGGGCCGUCAUGUGACUAUGGACUCCGCAAAGCAACAAGCUCUGACCAUGGGCCACUCCGGGCUGUCAAACCUCACUUCUUCUGGGGCAUCCUCUGGAGGAGCAACAGGGGGUGGUGGUGGAGGUAGUGGAAGCGGAGGGUUGUCUGCUAGCUCCAGCAGCUCCACGCUUCCCCAGCGGACUCUCACCAUGCCUAGCUCCUCUGCUUCUGUGGCUCAGAGUGCUGCUGCUGCUGCUGCAGCCACUGCUGCUGCGGCAGGCCCAUCAUCUUCCUCCGGCAGCGGGGCAGCGGGGGCCACAGGGGGGACCCCUGGAGGUGCCUCUUCUUCCUCCUCCAAAAUGGGAGGAUCCAGAGACUCUCUCCUGGAGAGCAGCUCAUCGGGAUUAGGCAGACUUCAGAAGCAGAGGGAUGGGGGGUCAGGAGCCUAUUCCAAGUCCUACACACUUGUGUAGCCUGCCAUUAGCGAGGCCUGUCACUGUAACUCUUAAUACAAUGCUGGUUCAGCCAGCGUUUGCCUGGAGCCUCUAUGGUGAAUUGGGCGAAGAACAUACACAUGCACAGCUUACCCGUCAGUGCCUGUGCUGUGCCGGCCUGCAGGGAGCUGACUGGGCUCCCGUCAACACAACUGUUUUAAGGGGUCAGAGUUGGGUGUCCACAGCACAGGGGCUUGCCUUUCUUUCUGCCUGAUUGCUUUCUGUUAUAUUUGUCUCAUUUCUCUCUUUUUUUUUAAUCACCCUGGAAAUCACUUGCCAAAACAAAAAUGAUUUAUCUUUUCAGUCCAUCUUUUCGUUUUCUGGCAAGGACACAGAACUUAUGCACAAAAUGCUUUUAACUUGCGGUGUCUUGCUUUCUAUAACAAAACAGUUGCAGAUUGAACCAGGUUGCUGAAGAUGUGUAUGGUUUCAUUUUUUUUCUCCUUUUUAAAAAAAAAAAAAGUUACUUUUCUGUUCUCUAAUGAAAGACGAGUUCAUAUCGCAGCAUUGUGCCACGGCAGGAUGCUUUCGCUGUAUGCACAAACCACCAGCCUUGGUGUCACUGCAAGGUUAGUCCAUCAUAGAUCCAUACAUUAGAGGCAGUGGAAUAACUCUUGUACAUGCAAUGGAUGACUCAGCAUUGUGGUCAUUAAUGGAAGUUUUUAUAGAAAGACUUAUGAAAGAGAAGGUAAAAAUGUCAAGCAUCAUUGAGCAAAAUUUAUAUUCUUUUUUUUCCCAAAACAUUUAAGUUUGUUUUCAGACAAUGAAAAUAUGAUCCCAUGCGCUCCAAGAAAAAGUUCGAACGGAUCCAAGUAAGAGUAAUGUCAUGAGCCUGUAAGUGAGUGAGUGUGUGUAUCUGUGUGCAUGUGUGCGCGUGUGUGCGCGUGUGUGUGUGUGUGUGUUUGUGUGUGUGCGCGUGUGUGUGUGUGUGUGGGUGUAAAUAUAUUUGUGUACAUGUGGCAGGCACACACCAAUAAUGGACCUUUUUUAAUACCAAUCUGUAUGCUGAAUUCUUGGGCAGAAGUCUGUGUCAAAACAGAACCACCCCCCCUCCACAUUUCUUUUUCUUUUUAUAUACUGAUGAAGAAACAGCAUGAUAAUUAUGAUGCUGACAAUUUAACAAAAUUUAAACUCGAUUUGCUUUUUUUUUAGAUUUAUUUUGUUAUCUGUUGCUUACAAAAUGAUAAAAAAAUCACUUGAAGAUUAGAAAUAGCGUGCCUUGCAAAAGAAUUUACACCUCUUGAAUUAUUUCACAUUUUGCCUAUUACAACAACACUCUUCAAUGCAUUGAGAUUUUAUGUGACCGACCAACAAAAAACAGCACAUAAUUGUAAAGAAGAACAAAAAUGGGUUUCACAUUUUUUUUAUAGAACGUUAAACCUGUGGAUUCCGUUUAUAUUCAGUCAUAUUUAUACCAAUAUCCCUGAAUCAAAUCUUGCGUAUUAUCUUGUUUUGAUAGAGACUUAAUUAGAAAAAAGUCAACUCUUGUGUAAUUUAACAUUGGUAUAUUGCUGGUCUGUGAAGACCUCAGAGUUUUUUUUGGAGAACAAAAGUUUACAAAGUAAUGAGGACUAAGGGAUACUGCCUACCAGACCCUACCAACGCAUUGAUGUCCACCUAAAUUGAUAAGGUGGGCACUGAGAGCAUUAAUCAGAAAAGCCGGCAAGAGGUCUACGGUAUUUACCGAAGAUUUCUAGAAAUCUGUUGAUGAAGAUGGUUAAUUUUAGAUGAGACCAAUAUGUUACUUUUUGACCUUUUAGGCAAACUGCUAUGUGUGGGAGAAAACGAACAUUGCACAUCACCCUGAAAACCAAACUUUCUGUGCUGAUAAUAGCGUUAAAAGCUUCAUGAUGUUGCGAUGUGCAGCGACUUUAAUGUACGGACAGGGAAACAGUUCAGGGUUAAAGGGAAGACGGAUCGAACCAAGCACAGGAAGAAAUCCUGGAAGAAAAUUUGUAAGAGUCUGCAAAAGACUUGAAACUUUCUCACUCUGGAAAAACAAAAAAAACUACAGCCAGAGCAAAUAAGGGAAUGCUUUAGAUCAAAACAUAUUCAUGAUUCAGAUUUUCUAAAUUUUUAGAUUUAUUUUUCCAAAUUCCUAAUGAUGGACUGCGUUGUGUUGGUCUAGCAUGUAAAAUCUACAAGAACGACAUUGAAGUUUGAGGUUGCAGCUAAGGCAAUGUGAAAAACUUAAAGGAGUAUGCAUAGCUUUUCAAGGCAUUACAGGGUCUUUUUGGUUUAUUUACUUUAUUCUAGACAAAGACUUUAUGAAACCCCUUCACAGUUCACAAUAACAUUAUUCCACCAUCACCUUCAUCAUACUUUCAUUCCCUCUCUUCUUUCCUCCUGACAUAUCCCUCAUCAUAUCCAUACAGUGUCACUGUGAUGUACUGCUAGCAUGCUGGCCAGACAAAGACCGACCAAUCCAAGAAGAGGUAUCUAAUAUGCACAUAUGGGCAGAAAUUCUUAACUUUCAGUGACAGCUUGAAUGCACACAUUCAGCAGAUAUUUAGAGAAAUGUAUUUGUAUGAUCUUAAAUAUAACUGAAAAAGCACUGAAAUUAUAUACAGCGGUAACUGAAUUUGAAGAUAUUUGCUAAACAAAAGGUUUCAAGUUUCUCCACCUUUCUGAAUUUAAUUUUUAAUUCUAUGGUUGAAACGACAUAUGUUUAUUUCCUGUUUAUCAUUCUUCAUUUCUUAUCCCAAAGGUUGUAAUCUCAUAACAAUUAUGGUUCCAAAAAAAAAAGAGUUGCUCCAAAAGUUUUACAUUGGUAAAACGUAACAUCAGGGCUCUCGCAAUAGAAAAAAGUAAAAGAUAUCAUAUAUGUUUGUUUUCAAAAAGUAUGUACAUAUAUAUUUCUAUUCAAAUAUAUAGCAAAUAUAUGAAUAAAGAGCAGAGACAUAUAAAAGCCGUUCUAAUUGAAAAUAUUUAUAAAAAAAAGAUCACAAGACAAUCGCUCCAAGAGAAGCAUCACACUAAAGGAAGGAAGAAAAAGGAAGACGAGAGGCAUAAAUAGGUAGCACAACUGUGGAUGGAAGACCUCGGAGAGAAAGGAAAUGGUGUGAAAGUUACUGGUGAAACUGGGCUUUGGGAAAGGAGACGUUAGCUCCCUUGAUAUUGUGUAGAGGACAAGCAAAGCAAAGUGAAAAUAUAGUGUGAGAUGUGUUGCGGAUUUAUUGUGGUCUCAGACAGUGCAGGAAGUGUGAUGUUGCAAAAGAAAACGGUUAAAGAGGAAAGCCUAUAAAGUGAUUCAGCCUCUUGUGCUUUGUUGUAUUGUACCUUCCAAAUAUGUGUGUUCACAGACUCAAUGCCCCUACCAAACCACAACUGAUGAACACAAACAGAUUUAGGUACUUCUGCAGGCCAGUGACAAUUAUUACUGCGGAUAACUGUAAUACUUUUUUUUUUAUGUAUUUUGAAAUUCAAGAUUGGUGUGUUGACUUCUGUUCAUAGUGUUAAGAUGCAUUUCCUUUUGAGCCUUUUCAUUUUAAGUUAUGCAAACAUUUGUCCUGGGGAAAAUUAUGAGUUUGGGAAAGGAUAAAGCCUGUUUUCUCCAUAAGGGCUUCCUUACUCCAGCUGUAUGGAUAUUGGUUGGAUUGAUGAAAUAAACAUCCAACCAACAUGCUUUCCCCUCCAAUUCCUGGUCAGUUUGCCUAAAAGUGAAUGUAAUAUUUUAAAAAGAAAAUUCCACCCUAGUUUCUACCAGAUGAAACAGUUUGUGAGCCACAUAUCUGUAUACAAUAGAUUUGAAAAUCUUUCAUUAGACUGACACAAGUUUAGUAAAUUUGAGAGUGGUUGUCUCCCGGAGAGAUUUCUAUUCUUCAAAAUGACUUCAAAAUGCUCUACAUCAGUAUAAUUUGCUGGGUUCCCUGAGACAUAACUACAUUUCUGGUAAGGUUUCAGUACAUUCAUCAUGGGUAUAAAUCCCAGUUAUGUUUAGGCUUUUGAUUAUAUCAAGUUAAGUUAUAUCAGGGUGAACUGAAAAUAAAAUAUGGAACUUCAAUGAUUUUUUUUUUUCAAAAUAAGACCUGGGUGAACAUGUUUUCAUUUAUUUGAAUCUUUCUUAGACCCACACAUUGUCCAAAGAAUACGUACAGACAUAAAUACAUCCAUGCAACCCCACUUUUGUUUGGAUAAAUGUCCCCUGGCAAGCUGCUAAGAAACCACAUGCUGUUCUUAGUCGACAUUGAGCUUUUGCAUAAUUCUGGGUAGAUAUUUGAGCACUCCCCGUUGUAAAAUAGGUAUUCAUUUUAAUUGGUUGAUUAUUUUCCCUCUGACCAUCCUUUAAGCAAAAGACUUUAAAGUGGUGAGGUCACAUUGACUCCUAAAGCUUAAUAUUAGCCAACUUUAUUUCUUCCAAAGCCAUGUUUUAUAUGUCUUUGGGAUCAUUGUUCUUUUGAAACACCAUGAUUUACACAUGUUUCAAAGAGCAAACCCAAUUGUCACCCUUAUAAGAGACACAAUUAGUUAGGAUGCUCAAGAAAAAAAAACAUUGAAACCACCAAGCCUCAUGUCUAUCAUAAAUUGGAAGAUGCUGAGACAGGAGUGUCACUGCCUAAAGUGGAUUGAAACUCACUGCAUAAAUUGACACUCAAAAUAAACUGAGAUUUGCAGCUGCCCACAUAGACAAGCCAAAUGGCUUUAGAGAAAUGUUUUGGGGUCAGGAAAGGCAUAGAUUGAGCUCCUUGACCAGAAGAACAAGACGCGUUUCUGGAAGUGAUAAAAUUAGGCUUUCAAACCUAUAAACACUGUACCUACUCUCAAGCAUUGCACAAAAUGUGUGCAAUAAUGAAAAAUUAGGAUUGCCCCCUGAUUCUUCUAGUUCACUUUCAUCAGCCUGUUGAUAUUUGAAACUUGGGGAUAAAAGGGUGUUCCUGCUUGACAAUGCAUGCUUGGAACUGUUGUCCAACUGGGGUAUGUAAAUUUGUUUGUUUUUUUUAAGCAAUUCUAGAAGUGUAAUGUGAGUCUGAUCCAGGAAACCAACAAACUAAACCCUAUAAACACUAUAACUUGCGAAGGGAAGAGUGGUGAAAUAUCCAGUCAGAGUUACGCCAGAGCCUUGCUGAGCGCUACAAAAACCAGUUUCUCUGCAACUUGCUUAGGCCUGUGUAUGCAAAUACCAGGGGUAGUCCAUUCCUAUGUUUGAGUCUGAAUGAAUCAUCUUGACCUUGUGUGGAUUAGAGAUGAUCAAGUAUAUGGAAACCGGUUCACUAAGUUUUAGAAGCAAUGCAAAAUGUAUAAUCAUUUCACCCUGCUCAAAAAACACUUUAAAUAAAAUAUGAAAUGCACCAAAUUAAUAUGAAAUUCAGGCCCGCAACUCAAACUGCAUGAUGUCUAACUGAUCUGGGGUAGAAUUUUCUUUAAAAUCAGACAACAUACUUUCAAACUGACCUACAUACUCCCUAUGUUUCUAAGUCCAACUUUACAUCAAUUUUUUUCAACAUCUGUCAACCAGCCAGAACCUCCCCCUCCUCCCUCCUCUGUAGCCUUUUGCUCACCUUUAUACAAUUGUUUCUACAUCAUGAGAAAGGACUUGUGUACAUAGGAAGUGUUUUGUAUUAAUGAGUACUAUUUUCGACAUCUUCACUAGCAACCAGGGCACAAUGUAAACUUUUGAAAUACAGGAAAUGUGAUGAGGAUUUAAUGAAAACGUAUAGAAUUAUACAAGUAACUGCUUUUUCCUCAUUCACGGACCAGAUGAAACAUGUCAGAAUGGACCAUGCAAUGUGAACUGAUGACAUAGUUUGAUUUUAUUUGGCAUUUUGUUGCAUUGUUUUAGUUUUUAUUUUUGUAUCUCUUUCUGUUUUUACUUUAUCACAGGUUCCUUGAUUUAGAGGUUGUUCUUUGUUAUUCAGCUUUUUGGGGGAGGGGCAGCAGCAUUGCAUGUUCUGAAAAUUUCCUGGUUAUAAAAGAAAAACGCGGGAAAAGGUGAAUUGAACUGUUUCAAAUGAGGUUAAUAAAAAAUAAGAAUUUUAA